GUCUCGCCCUUUCAGUGCGGGGGGUCGCCGCUGGUACAUCAACUACUACCCCAACGGCCAGACCUCCAAGUAUGCCGACUUCAUAUCCGUCUUCCUCCACCUCGACGCGAGCAUCGGAGAGCCUGUGAUGGCGCGAGCCAAGUUCGAUUUGCUCGAUCGGGAUGGGAAACCAGUGCCAUCAUACACCCGUACCACAACCCUGAGCGAGUUUUCCCCCAGCGGCUCAGGGUACGGCUUCACUGAGUUCGUUAAGAGGGAGCUCCUGGAGAAGUCGGAGCACCUCUCCAAGGAUUGCUUCAAGAUCAGCUGCGACAUCAUUAUUCCUCACGAGCUCCGCACGGAGGACAGGAUUGCAAAAUCACCGCUUGGUUCUUGUCUCGCAGUGCCAGUGCCACCACCUGACCUGGAUCGGCAUCUCGGCGAUCUCCUCGUGAGCAAAGAGGGCGCCGACGUCACGUUCCAAGUCGCCGGCGAAGAAUUCAGCGCGCACAGGUUUCUCCUCGCGGCCCGGUCGCGGGUCUUCAAGGCAGAGCUGUGGGGUGCCAUGAAAGAGGGCGCCGCCACAGGGGACUGCGUCCGGGUUGAUGACAUGUUGCCUCAGGUGUUCAAGGCCUUGCUCCACUUCGUCUACACCGACUCGCUGCCGCAGAUGGAGCAAGAGGAGGCCGUGAUGGCCCAGCACCUGCUGGAAGCGGCGGACAGGUACGACAUGCAGAGGCUCAGGCUGAUCUGUGAGGAUACUUUGUGCCGGCACCUUGACGUGAGCACGGCCGCGACCACGCUGGUGUUGGCUGAGCAGCAUCAUUGCCGUGCUCUCAAGGAGGCUUGCAUUGAGUUCCUUGUAUCUCGUCAUGCGCUGGAGGAGGUCAUGGCAACAGAUGGGUUUGAGCAUCUGGUUAAAAGCUGUCCUGCUCUUGUGAAGGAGAUAAUGUCCAAGCUUGCUGCACGAUGAUACUGGAAAACAAAUUGUAGUAACGAGCUUGGUACUGCAGUAAUGGCAAAUUAUAUCAGUAGGUGUAUGUUAGCUACCAAUUACUAGUUCUAGUACUUAUCUGCACUCUGGUCCUAAAACAUAUGCAGUGUACGUCUGCCUUGUUUUUUUUUGUUUGGUAGUCGUAUCCGGUAUCCUUUGUGCAGA